AUGGUAGAGUUUGUCAUUAACAACUCGGGGGGAAAGAGUCGCGCGAGCAAAAACCGAUUUGGUUCACGCUCAUCACGCUCUGACGAAGAGGUCAUUGCGUUUGAUGCCGAUAUCGAUAACAUCGAUAUCGAAGAAGAUGAUGCCAGUGAGAGUGCGGAAGCCCUCACUGAAGAAGAUGAUGCCAGUGAGAGUGCGGAAGCCCUCACUGAAGAAAAGGCUGAUGUUGCUGCAGUGCGCUCACAGCGCACUGAAUCUAACGAGUCAUCAGAUGAGUUCAUACUGGCUCGUGAAACGGUAGUCCGUUUUGUGCAAGACUCCAUCGCCGAAGCGGUGGAUAAGCAAAAGCAAAACGCUGACAAGAAUGGAAGGGCAAACACUCUUCUUGUUUAA